AUGGCUGGGAUCUGUCCCUGCUGAGCUUUACAGCAGAAGCUGGGAUGUCUUAUGUUGCCAAAAAGUGUGGCAUCCGGUUACAGCCUCCAUCUAUCGUUUUGAUCUAUGAAGAUCAGCUUAAGAAAAAUCUGCGCCAGCGCAUCAUGCCUCUCAGGAAUUUUACCAAAUUCUCAGAUUGCAGCAGAGCGGCAGAGCAGCUAAAGAAUAAUCCUCGGCACAAAACGUAUUUAGAAGGGGUAUCCUUGGAGCAGCUAAAAAAGUUGCACAAUUUGUUGAGAUGCCACCUGCAAGGACAAACUCUGAGCCAGAGUUUGAAACAAGUUGAGCAGAAUGAAACAGUUGAUCCAGAAGAGGACCUAAAUAAACUGAACGAUGAAGAGCUAGCCCAAAAGAAAAGAAUUAUGGAUGAAUUGUUUGAAAAGAACAGAAAACGAAAAGAGGACCCAGAUUUUAUUUACAAUGUAGAGGUGGAAUUUCCACAAGAGAAGGAGCUUGAAGCUUGUGAGUGGGAUACAGAAACAGAGGAUGAAUUUUAAUGCCAAACUAAGCUUAUGGAGAUUUUCAGGGCCUAUUUAUUAAUUAUAUAUACUUUCUGUUUUAGUAACAAUAUUUGACUAAAGUUAUCAAUGAACGGUAGCAUUGUCUAAUGUCAAAAUGAUUGACAUGUUUUCUUUGCUUGUCGUUUAAAAAUAUUCUGAAAUAUUUAUAUUAAAAUUAUAUGCAAAAAUGUGUGUAUAGACCAUGAAUGUGUUGAGUAGAAAAAUUGUAUUGGUUCUUGUGUUGGUAUGGGAAAUA